ACAUUGAAUAAUACAAUAAAACUUAAGUUUGAGUGCUGUGUACUCGUCACCAUGAUUCAGCCCAUCUAAGCCGUCCAAUCUAAAUCUGAUCCAAGCUAAAAUCUGUAAUCACAAAAUUUUUUUUUCUAAGAGUCUAUAUAUACGUAGUAUGACUGGUGCGAUAGUAAAUAGUUCACAAUAAUAAAAUAACUAACUCAAAUCCACUACCAUGGAAUAUCAGGAAAUAUGUGUACAUCUCAAAGACAAAUUUUUUACUACAUACGUGCUGUUUUACGCCCUAGGCACAGUAACUUUAGUCCCUUUCAAUUUUUUCACAACAGCUACUGACUACUGGAUGUACAAAUUCCGAGACCCCGAAAGCAACUUGAGCUACUCUACUGAGAACAGAACUGGCCUACAAGCAGAAUUCACAGCUGACUACACCAUAGUGUCAAAUGUCAGUAACGCAGUAUUCAUAAUUUUGACUAUACUGUGGGUUCGGAGACUGACCAUACUGGCACGAACAAUUAUGGCUCUUUGUGGUACUAUCGCAAUAUUUGUUUGCACUUGUAUUUUUGUGAAACUAGACACAGAUUCAUGGAAAACUGGAUUUAUGGUCGUAACUUUGUUGACAGGGUUUUUCCUCACAGGAUUCUGUGGUAUUUUCUUGGUAACUCUUUUCGAAAUGGCGCCAAAAUUUCCUCCGAGCUACUUAGCAGUGAUUUUCUCGGGUCAAGCAAUAUGUGGAAUAUUGUCAGCUUUUGCUCAAAUCGUGUCAUUUAGUGUAGACGCAGAUCCAGCGGUAAAUGGACUCGUGUACUUUUUAAGUGACUUGUCGUUCGUAGUUUUAACAUUAGUGGGUUUCUCUUGGUCACUGAGAACGUCGCACUUUUUCAAACACCACUUCUGGAAGGAAAUAGCGGCUGAAAAGUUUGAAGUAUCGAAAGAAAAAAUUUUAACGAUUUUGCAUAAAGUGAAAUUUUAUUUACUAGCGAUGACAAUUACUUGCGGGUCUACCAUUAUGGUACAGCCCAGUGUCACGUCAUUGGUACUUUCGGUGGACAAAAAUAAUGGAAAUAACUGGAAUGAUGUAUAUUUUGCUCCUGUUAUCACCUUCUUGGUUUAUUGUACAUCGGAUUAUUUCGGAAGAGAAUUUGCGAUGCUACUAAAAAAGCCUAGCCAAGGUUUAGUUCUUCUAAGUGCAGCCUGUGUUAGAGUAGUUUUUGUUCCAUUGCUCAUGUUGUGCAACGCUCAGCCUCGUGAUCAUUUACCAGUAGUUUUCGACGAAGAUUAUGCUUAUAUAAUUUUUAUUAUCAUUUUUGCUAGUACUAAUGGAUUCUUGAUGAAUCUGUGUAUCAUUCGGGUAUCUCACAUACCAACUGAUGACGAGAAACCGUUGGCAAUGUUUUUUAUCAUGAUAUUUAUAAUUGUUAGUUCGAUGAUUUGUGCCUUUGUUGGUAACGGAUUAGUUCAGGCCUUGUGAAUGAUUAUGACUGGAGACUUGGA